AUGGUCGUCCCAUAUAGCGGUCAUUCCACGUUUACGCGCAAUGAGACCGAUGGAAUGGAACAUUGGCCUGCGGAUGAACGUCAUAAAUCAUUGCCUGUGAAGAAGAAGCAGGGAAGGGGAAACAAAAAGCCCCAAGUUCACGACACUCGACAUUGGAAUCAUCCUUCUCUCGAUUACGGAACCUUUGGUGGAGCGACCCUCGUGUCACCCGACGGACGGCUAGCUUGGACGACCGUUGUCGAUACAUCGAAUGCUCGAAGAGUGACACCAGUUGGGGCAGGGCGUUGUGUUUUUCCUGCCACUCGGUCUGUGAAUCCGACGCCAAGCCGUCUUACGCAGUGGAGACGAAUCGAAGAAGGGCUCAACUUCGUUAGAACAUGUUUCCCGGACGCCGAUUUCCCUGCGGAGCUCAUCAAGGCGGAAUUCCAGUCCGAUGAACGACGAAACCGAGAGUUGCAAAUCUACGAUCCUUUGAGAGGCAGUCUCAUUGGUAUUGUACCGUCUUCCAGCACCCCUCAAACAUCACUGGUCCUCUUUCCGAUGGGAGAAAUCAAUGAUGAAUUGAAUAUUUCAUUUAUAUCCGCCACUGAUUCCGACUCGACUUUUCACGCGUCUGGAUAUGCCGCGUCCAAGUUUGAGACACCCAUUCUCCAGAUCUCGACCCCAAAUGUAUCAAAUUCAUCUCUGAAGCGUGGUACCAAUCUUGUUUUAGUUAAAACAUUCUCCGCAACAUCUCUGUUGAGCAUUGAGUUGGCAGAUGAAGCCACCGAUCUGAAGGCCACAAGGGAGGUAGACAUAUUUUCUGAUGACGUGGGAGGCAAAUGCGUAGUAGAUGCUGCAUUUUCACCCCAUGACUCGGAUAUCAUUGCUGUGAACACCUCUGGAGCACUUUACAACUGCAAAAUAUAUGAAGGAGCAAAAGCUGUGCGGCGCAUAGGGCUUAACCAAGUUCGUUUUGAGAACACAGAUGGGGAUCAAUUUUGGAGACUUCGUCCGUCUGACCAAGGCUACUUCUUAGCGUCAAGUAGCUGCAUUCAACAUCUCGAUUUCAGGUUGGGCUCUGUUGUAACAUCUUUUGACUCGUCAGAGCGAGAACAUCUCCUCACCAUUUCGACGACCUCGGAGCUCCUAUGGUUGGAUAAUCGGUACCCAAAAAAAGUGCUUCUGAGCUUUAAGCACAACCGAGCGCAUGAUAGAUCGCUCAAUGUCAAAACCGUGCAGUUGGACAGCGGCCCUCUGACUUUCCUAAGCUCGCUUAAAAACGGGCUCAUCACCAUUUAUGAUGUGUCUCGAGGAAACGAUAAUCUGAUUCACUGUCAUUCCGUUCCAACAUCUUUACCUCACGACGGAGAUAUGGGUGUGUCUGAGUCGGAAAGUUCAUUCUUUGUCCAGCCCGAUAGGUCCACCGUUUCCCUCUUGCGGCUCUCUGGACAAAACAGUCUCCACUGCCAGGACUUUGCUGUAUAUCACAAUGGCAUGGACGUACUUCCAAGACAGACUAGUGGCACUAGCCAUGAAUGGUCUGCGGAUGUGCAGAAACUAGCUCAAAGAGCAAAGGAACUUCAGCCUCAGUACGGGCCACUGAGCGCGAGGCAUUUCUCAGAGUUGAACCUACGGACUGCGUAUCUGAAAGUUUUCGUUACGAGGGAUGUUAAAGAGCAAGCUGCCUCUGAGGGUGAAUUUACCGUGAUGAUAGACAAGCUUUCUCAGUUUUGGCAAAGGACAAGUAAUUCUGAUAAGGCAAUGUUGACCUUGUAUGACGUCUGCCUUAGCGCUGACAAAGAGCCAGACGAGGACUCGCGAGCGGACUUUCUCACUGGUGGGCUGAUUAACUCGAAUCGUGGGUACAAAACGCUUGUACACAACGAGCUACCUGUCCAGGAAAUUACGAGUGGUGCACCAUGGUCUUGCGAUUUAAAGCCAUUUCUCUGCCGUAUGGGGCUUGGUCGCGUGGAUCACUGGCAGGAGAUGCAUGGUGCUCUGGAAGCUUUCAAUUUGUCUUACUCGGAUGAUGUCCCUGGGUCAUUCGUGCAACAAGAGGAGAAUUCACGAGAACAGCUUAUCCUCGAUUUGGCCCUUUCUAGCAUGGUAUUUUCAGCUCAGCCUAUUUCUAUAUCCAUUGCUCCGAUCCAGGUCGACGAUGUGGAGAGCAUGUCUCUUGCUGCAAAAGCUCUGACACUUGACGACGAUCUUCCCGAGAUUCAGUUUGGCUACCUGCGUCCAUAUCCCAAGCUUGGUAUGAACCAUUACCCUGAUACUUCCAGGGACAAAGACGCUGUUGCAGAACCUACACAGGAUGUGGAAUUUUCCAGUCCGCUGGGUGUGCGAUUGUUGCUGAGGGAGUGGGAGGUCGGAACGGACGUUGAGUCUUACACAUAUCAUGAUCCUUACAACACAAAAGGCGACGAUCCUAUCGCUCCCUCUCGAGAACGGGCACUCCCCACUGCACCAGUCGCUACGCAAACGACAACUACAACAUCACAACGCCCUCCGCUGAUUGUUGCAGGUUUCGAGCCUCGUCCACCUCCCAUUCAUGUUGCCCAGAAUCACUGGGGAAUGUUUAGCACCCAGCCUCGAGGCUUUAAUCUACAAACCGCAGAGCAUGAGAAUUAUCCUGAACCUUCUCAACCUUCCCAAGAGUUGAUGACAAGUACCCAAGUGUUACCUGGGCUGUACGGCGGUCGAAAUGUUCCGAAUAAGAAGCUUGUGAAGAAGAGGCUGGGCACACAGGGUCUGGUCGGCCAAAUAUGGGUAAUUUUGAUGACGCGUGACAUCCUCCGACACUCCUUCAAGCAUAUACCGAAUUGCCUUUGGAGAUCCCUAUCUCCUCUCCAGCUCUUCUUUCUGGCUCCAACUGAGAUCACGCCCAGCCUUUCUCGACACAGACUGGCAGAGGCACGAAACUGGACCUUUCGUCUGGUCCAGCAAGAAGAGCUAUGGAUGGAACAAGGAAAUAAGCCGGUGUUGGAUUCUUUGAAGUCGAGACUACAGACCACCAAGACAAGGAUGCCAGUGCUCAAGCUUGCUGGUAUCGUCUAUCGGGAAGAAGGAGUGACUGGCUUCUAUAGAGGUCUCUGGAUACCGCUUGUCACGAUUUCUUUUGUCCGUGAUAGAGCAUCUGAUGCUGCUCUCGCUGGCGGUCUCAGCGGUGCCUUGUCUGGAUCAUUGAUUUCAUUUACUAGUGCACCCUUCGAACUUGUCAAGGUUCGAAGGCAAUUGGAAUAUAGCAUAGCCGCAACUAAAGGCGUACAAAUGGUUAAACCCCCAAAUACUAUCGACGCUGUCCGAGAAAUUUUUCGAACUCACGGGCUGUCCGGGCCCUGGAUAGGGUUCCGUCUCCACUUUGGCGAAGUAAAGACCAAAGUUCAGCAACGUGCUUUAGCUGGCACUCCUCCGAAAGGAGUAUGGGAAACCCUCCGUCGCCUCGUGCGCGGUCCGGAUCCCAAAGAUCCAAAGCCAGUCCUUGCUGGCAUAGCACGUAUAUAUCGCGGUCUCGGCGUCAGUGCAGUGCGGAGCAUCACGACGCACGGGCUCCUCUGGACCAUCUUCGAUAUUACGUCGCAUUAUAUCGAUCAUCUACCCUGA